UCCAACAUCCUCUCCUGUCAAAAUGUGGCACCUCAAACUCUGGGCAACGCUCACGAUUUUCCUGUUGCUGCUGGAUCAGGUAGAUGGCUCCCCAAUACCAGAAAUGAGUUCACCAAAGAGGCGGCCACGGAGAAUGACCCCAUUUUGGAGAGGGGUUUCCCUCAGGCCCAUUGGAGCCUCCUGCCAGGAUGAUUCUGAGUGUAUCACAAGGCUAUGCAGAAAAAGACGCUGUUCCCUAAGUGUGGUCCAGGAGUGAUGUACAUACCAGGGGAAGAGAGCACAGCAGUCACCUCCAACAAUGCUCCGUUCUAUGGAAUAUUGAUUAACUAUAUUUUGGCUGGAGACACACAAGUGAAGCAACCUUGUAUUUUUAAUAUUUAAAGAUAGAUGUAUGCUUUAAAUUGGUCUCCAUUUCCUCUUAAAAUGUUGAUAUGUGGAUAAGCAUAACCAAACUUGUCAAUUUAGAGUUUAUUUUUCUAUGUAUACUAUUAAAUAUCUCAAAU